CAAUAUCAUGUAUGUGUUCUAUUUGAUUUAUUUUCUUUUUUUUAAAUUUUGUUUUCGCUAUCCUUACAUAUGAUCGCGUUCUUUUUAUGUAAGCAUGGCGUAGUAAACAGAAGACAGAUGUAUCACUUUACGUCGUCUGCUUUCUCUUUAAUACUGAUCUAAUUUAUUUAUUAUCUGUAAUAAUAAUUUAAUUUUUAUUUUUACCAUAAUCAUCGGAAAAUAAUAUAAUUUAUAUAUUUCAACGUAUUAUAUAAAAGUAUCAUGGUUAUUAAUAAGACUGAAACUCAAUCAAUUGAUAUCUUAGAUACAAUUGAGCAAAAGUUGAAAAAGAUUGGCUGCCUUGAAUUACAUUAUCAAGUUCAGGAAUGUAUAGCUGAAACACGAGAUUGGAGAAAAUGUCAGGAUCAUGUAAAAAGGUUUAGAGUGUGUAUGGAAGAGCAUCAACAAAAGCAAGAAUAAGUUUUAAAUACAAUUAAUUAGAAUUUUCUAAACAUGUUAUCUAUAU